AUGGUCAAGAGUCAACCAAGAAUCACCAAGAAGCAGGAGAAGCCCCCUGGAGCUGAGUGGGGCUCGAGACCUGUGGCUGCAUCGGGUUCUCCUAGUCCCAACGGGCCCAGACCCGCAUGGAGGGAAAGGUGCUCAGCGGAUGAAGAGGUGAUAGUGGCAGCCGCGGUAGCGGGGGAUGCUGUGGAGGGAGAGGGCACACCAGGAGCCUGGGAUGAGGAGGGGGGAGACGGGACAGGGAGGGAAGAGGGAGGGGUAGCUAUGGGUGAGGAGACGGGGGGAGGGGUGGGCGGAGGAGGGGGCGUCGGGCAGGCGAUUCCGAGGGGUAUGUGGCUGUGUGGGAUGGUGACCGGAGAAGGGGCGGGGAACGUGGGCGGCCCGUUGGGUAAUGGCGAGGGGGGGUUUUGGUUAAUAGGACACGGUGUGGCGAUCGGGAUGAGAGGCCACGGACCUGUGGCCCUCCCCGGCGGGCUGCUUAUCAUGACGGGGGGUGACGGUGGCAAGGGGGUAAAGUUAGACGCUGACCAGACCACGGACUUGGGUUGA